CAGUCCAGAUCAGCUCAGCUUCGCCACCAGCACCCAGUACUCGCAGUGCCUGCAGUCCCCACACAUGGACCUGUGUCACGUCCCAGCUGCCCGGGAGAAGGGCUGGUACCUGGCGCUCAUGGCCCCCAACGUCAAGGGUCCCAACUACGCCUGGCUGGACCCCUCCCGGCUCUACUGCCACCCGCAAGGCUUGCAGGACUGUGUGGCCGACCUGCUGCAGCCCUUCCAGGGAGAUCCCAUCGACAUGGUGGCUGGCAUCGAUGCCAUGGGCUUCAUCCUGGGUGCUUCCGCUGCGGCCGUGCUGCAGAAAGGCUUCCUGGCCAUCCGCAAAGCCGGUCACCUCUGCGUGCAGACAGUGGCACAGCCCUACACCGACUACUCGGGCCGGGAGAAGGUGAUGGAAGUCCGCACUGAUGCCAUCUCGCCGGGUCUGCGCAUCCUUCUCGUGGACCAGUGGGUUGAAACUGGGGGCACCAUGCGAGCGGCCAUCGGGCUGGUGGAGCGGCUGGGGGGGGGUGUCGCUGCCAUCUGCAUAGAGGACAGCGAGGGCGGGCGGUGGAUCCGGGAGCGCUACAAGUGCUCCCACUGUGUCCCCCCCCACCUGCAGCCCCGCUUCGAUCACCACCAGUUUGGCUGGGACUGA